GAGGCGCCUGCGGCGGGAUAGCGACCCGACGUGCGGGGAGAGGCCGGGGCUCGUGCCCUCGCGGGGCCAUGAACCUGGGGGAUGGAUUAAAGCUUGAAACAGAAUUUUUGGAUGGGAAAACAAAGCUAAUAUUGGCUUCAUAUGAACGUAAACCAAAAACUGCCGUGAAGAUGGGAAAUAAGGCCAAGAUUCCAAAACAGCCUUUGAGAACACCACCGACUGGACAUGUUCUUAAAUCUACACAAAAUACCAAUGGCAGAAAUGAAAACCUUUCACAGAAAAGUAGAACUGCUUCUGAAGCCUCACUGGUAAAAGGGGAUAAAAGGAUGAUUUUCUCACCAACUACGAGUUUCUCAAAGGAAGACACAGAUAAUGACCAUCCUUGUGUGCAGAGAAACAUUCCAGCUGAAACCCCUGACUCAUGGAGGACUAAAAAUUACAAACAGUCGGCAGUAUUUAAACAGAAACCUCAGGAAAAGCACCUCACAGUUGAAGAUCUAAGGAAUAGUUUGGUUUGUCUGACAGAGGAACAGCUCCAACAGAUUUUGAUGGCCGUCAGCCAAGGAAAUAGGCCUAUUUCACAGAUUGAGAAUGGAAAGAAAGAAGAAAAAUGUCAAAAUAACUCACAUUUUAACCAUUUGCCUAAUGAGUCAAAAGAUGAGAAUGUUAAGGGAUUACUUCAGAAAGCUGAAAAUGUUUCACCUAUCCCAGAUGAAAAUAACUCUAUUUUAAACAAAAAACAGAAGACAUCUAAGCAGUGUGAGCAGAAAAUUGCCAUAAAGUCCGUAUGGAAACCAGCUGAUAUGUUCAGUACUCUGGGGGAGAGAGAGAGAGAGAAAAGUUUGUUGGAAGCAAAGAAAUUCCAGUGGAGGAAGGAGCUAGAUGAACAGGUUGCUUUAAAGAAGAAAGAAAAGGAAGCUUCUGAAGAGCAGAAGAAACGCCCCUGGGGCAGGUCUGGGGAUGCUAAACUGGUUUGGGAUGGUUUCCAAAAGGUGGAGGGAUCACAGUCCUCAAUGAGUCCAUCUAGUGUUCUCUCAGGGUCGCCCAGUCCAAGGCUGCUGGCCCAUCCUAGCGGGGUCUCCGUGCCUGGAUCCAGUCAGACUCUGGAGAUGACAUCUCCGGCUGAGUUUACCUCUGCUGCUGAUGAGGCCCAGGGGGUAACGAAUGUUUCAAGGGGAGGAUCAGCCAUCCCCGAAAGCUGCUGUGGAGCCCGUGGGAAGCCCUCGACCUUCAGUCCUCCAGAUGUGCCAGCAGCCAUUCGGACGGCCUUUGUCUUAGGGGAAGCUGCCCCGCUGGAGCAUCCUUUCAGUGCCAUGAAAAGAGAGCAGCAGAGGAAGUGGGUCCAAGAACUGAACAAGCAGAAGGAAGCAGAUAAGCAACGGAAACUCCAGGAAAAAAUGAUAUAUUCAAAGGGUGAAGAACAUGACAGAUGGGCCAUGCAUUUUGAUUCCUUAAAACUCUAUCCCAAUUCUCAGUCUCAGCUCUCCUCUCGUGCAACCCAGAAACAACCCGACUACUUCUGUCUGUCCCCGGACACUCAGGAAAUGACUGAUGUUAGCAGUCCUUAUACACCUUUAUCUGGAAGCCAACUUGGGCCUUCAGAGGAGGAGAAUUCAGGGAAAUCUGUUCAGGAUACAGCUACCGCAGUCAUUGAGAAAACCAAUUUCCUUCGUUCUAUGACUGCACUCCUGGAUCCCGCUCAAAUUGAGGAAAGAGACAGACGAAGACAAAAACAGUUAGAACAUCAGAAGGCCAUCACUGCCCAGGUGGAGGAGAAGCGAAGGAAGAAGCAGCUAGAGGAGCAGCAGAGGAGGCAAGAGGACGAGGAGGAAGAGCGCCGCCUGGCCUGGGAGCGAGAGCAGAUGCAGAGGCGGUUUGAGGAAGACGCGCUGCAGCAGAGGCGCAAGGAGGAGAUGAUGACUCUGAAGACACACGAGCUGUAUCGGAGCAUGCAGAACGCCCAGGAGCUGGCACAGAGACUGAAGCAGGAGCAGCGCAUUCGCGAGCUGGAGCAGAAAGGCCACGACAUCUCCAACCUGCUGCGCAAUCUUGGCGGCGAGGCGGGUAUGGCGCAGCAGAGUCUGGACCAAGUGAGCGCUAAGGUCAGUCAAGGAAUCAACACCGCCGCCUCUCCUCGAAAGGAUACUGCCGUGCAGACAGAUGAUUUGCACACAGGAAGAGCCACCAGUGCAGAAGCACAAGCUGAGCCCAUGACUGAGGGCACGCUCACACACCUUCUCUCUCCCGAGAUUUUGGUAGAAUUGGACAGACAAUUUAACAGCAAGAAAAGUAAGAAAGAGGUGCUGCCUGAGGACGAGAAAGCUCCCCUAGAGAAAGAAAACAGCCGUCACAAGGACCUGUAUGACCAGUUUGCAAGAACUGAGAAACAAAAAAGACACAAAGGGAAGUGUGCAAAAAGACCUGACUGGAAUAUAAACAAGCCAGCCCAAAGGUACGUCCCUGCCUCAGAAAGGUACCCUAAACACCUGCAGAGGCAGAGGGAAGAAAAAAAGGUAAGGAGACAGAUGGAACUGCUUCAGCUGCUGGAAAGAAACACUCCUGGCCGCCUCUCGGGGCCAAGAGACAUCUCCCUGGAAAGCACCUGUUCCCCCCACGAAGAGACCGAUUCCAGAGCCAAGGGGCCCCGAGGCCAAAAGGAAGAAGAAUUGAAAAAAAUCAACUCCAGCAAACAAAGAUCUGAAUCACCUCCUGUUCCAGCAGUAAAGAACCGAUUAGAACAAACACAACCAAAACAGACCAACACAGUACCUGCCCCUGAACCACCUUUCAUCCCCUAUGUCCGAACCAAUGAAAUCUACUGUCUGGAUUCACAUGUACCAUCAUCUAGGCCUUCGGCCUAUGAUCCUCAGAAUCCUUAUUUAAAUGAUUCUGACUACCGAGAACAGAUAAUUGGCUCCGACAACAUGAGAGAUCCACUUCUGAAUCCCAACUUGGUGAAAAACAGAGACAGACAACAAGCAAUCCUUAAGGGACUAUCAGACCUGCGACAGGGCCUUCUCCAGAAGCAGAAAGAGCUGGAAACUCAUCUCAUUCCCUUAGCUUCAAGUCAAGAGGAUUUUGAUUCUCCAUUCUAAUGUACAGAAGUGAGAAUACAUCAAGCCAAACUGUUUAUGUUGGAUUAUAGCUCUCAUUACUGGCUUAACAGCAUUACAUUCAUUAAAUUAUAAAAUAAUGUAUUGAUUCAGCAGCCAUGUUUCUAUACUUGAAAUUGUUUGGGUUACUUUAUUGAAAAAUGAUCUAUUAAAAACUUUGUAGAAUGUAAAUAUAUUUUUUCAAAGAAUAAAAUGGCAAAUGUUUUUGUAAAAAAUUCAGCAAUUAAACCUCGUUAUUUUUAUGCUCCAGUUCAAACAGUUAUAAACAAGUUUUACAAAAGAUAGAUUCUAUUUACACUUACCUUAAUAUGGUCUCAAGUUUUCAUGGUAUUACAAAAUACUUCACAACACUUUCUAUGUAAGCCAUGCAUUUUACAUAUUAAGUUUAACGGUCACAUGAUGGUGAUGGCAUUGGCCCCCAAGUCUGGUGGGAGAGGAAGGGCCCCUGCAUGACCACAACACUAAUUAAUAAAUUAUGAUCCGUUUAAUAACUGAAACAGCCCAAUGUAUGUUCACAAUAUUCACCGGUUUUCAUUUACUUUAAAGAAUUCUGGCUUGUAUUUUUAGUCAUGAUCAUGGACUAUGGGGGAGAAAUGAAAAGCAAAAAACAAAUGAACAACAAAAAACAAAACGCAGAAGUAGUGCUUCUUUAAGAAAUUAGGGCAGAAUAUAUAAUCUACUCUGGUACCUUAUGUUACAGAGAUGGCUCUAGAUCCUUGACCACCAUGCCCAAGAGUAUCUGAAAACAAAGGGCCUGGGUCUGAUUAUGUCACCUGCAAGAUUAUUUUCCAGAAGUGGGGAAUUUUUUUUUUUUUAUAAAAGGAAUCACUCACAUUAACAAAAUCUCAGGUUGCAAGUUUAAGGACUGAUUCCUGCCUCUCUGACCUGAACAAAACUAGUAUUCUAAGAAUCCUUUAAAAUCUUUUACCUUUGUGGGGCAGAAAGGGACA